AUAUGAAUACCAAAUGAGAAUCAAACAAAUGAACACUUCAACUGCCGUUUUGAUGAUAGCGAUGUGUUACGGAAUAUUGGUGGCGUUCGGGUGAUGUACCAGCCUUGAAAGGAGGGCCGUUGAAACGAUGUGGCAGGAGUUGGACCUGGCAAGACAGGAUUCGAGAAGAUGCAACAGCACGGCCAAUUGGAACUGGAGUCUCGACUUCAGUGAUUGAAGAGGCAAACGCAGGAGGCCGGGAGUGGCAGAUGCCGGGUUGGACAUGGGAGGGAUGGAAUAAGACAGGCGGCUGGCAUGCAAUAAACAAGGCUGUGCAGUGGCGGUGGGUCGUGCAGCGCGUGGGAAAUGAGACUCGGGCGUGGGCCUGGACGCGAGACAGGAGCGUGGGAACACGGCGCCGUUGUGGCCUGAAGGGCUGUCUGUGUCACUUUUCACCGUCCCUGUAUAUCCAUCAAAAUCGCAAAGUCGCAAAGUCGUCGUGUAGCGGACAUUAUUCCAACGGCCGUCCAGCGAUCCCCCUUCUCUACUACGGGCUCCCAAGGGUGCGUUUAGUGGCUGCAGCUUCACCUCUCCUCGCUCCUUCAACGGCCAGCUUCCCCGCCCGCCAUAGCGACCGGUCGACACGACAACUGUGCGUCUUCCCCACAGACGGCAGCGCGAGAGACAUUGCACACUUGGUCACGGCCCCAAUGCUACCGCGAGCAUCGCCAGUCUCACUCGUUUCAUAGCUGGCGCACUGCGCGUACUGUGUAGAGCCCCUGCCCGUCCCCAAACACA